UCUCUCUUUCUCCCUCUCUCUCUCUCUCUCUGGUCAGUAGUUAGAGUCAGUUCUCUCUUUCUUUCUCUUUCUUCACUCCUGCAGGAAACAUGUUAGUUUUCGAAUUAAAGUCGCUGUUUGUGUAUCUGCUGCUGUUUCCGGCCGCGCUGCUAUCCAAAGGCCAAGUUUACGCACAACCUGAAGCUGAAGUGACUGAUGAAGCGUCAGACACUGCGGUGGAGGAAGAGGAUGAGGAUGAAGAGGAAGUUCUGGUGGAAGAACCUCAGACAGGAGACGGGGAUGUUGACGAUGCUGAUGGUGUAGAUGAAGAUUCCCAAAGUGCAGAUGUGACAUCUCACCCUGAUGCAGACACCACCAUCAUCUUCAUCACAGGAGAAGAGUUUCCAGCCAAUGAGAUCGUGAAGUUUCUGGUUGGUUUCACGAAUAAAGGCAGUCAGGAUUUUACAGUUCGCUCUCUCGAGGCGUCGUUCCGUUACCCACAGGACUACCAGUUCUACAUCCAAAACUUUACAGCUCUGCAGUUGGAUGCCGUGGUGCAGCCGGAGAACCAGGCGUCGUUUGAAUACUCGUUUAUUCCUGCACAGCCGAUGGCCGGCCGUCCGUUUGGUCUUGUCAUUCUGCUCAACUACCACGACUCUGAGGGAAAUAUUUUCCAGAGUGCCAUUUUUAACCAGACCGUGACCAUCACUGAACUGGAUGAGGGUCUGGAUGGAGAGACGAUGUUCAUGUACAUCUUCCUCGGCGGUUUGGUCUUCCUGAUACUCUUCGGCAUGUAUCAGGUUCUGGAGUCUCGCACGAGGAAGCGAGUUCCAGUGAAGGUUGAAAUGGGAACCGGGGGGAUGAACGACGUGGACAUUAGCUGGAUUCCACAGGAAACUCUCAACGUCAUGAAUAAAGCGUCUCCGAGAGCUUCACCGAGAAAACGUGCCACGAGAACAGCCGGCGCCACAGAUCAGUAACAACCACAUCAACAAAAACAUCAUCAACAACAACAACAUCAACAACCACAGCGUCAUUACAUUUCAGCAGUUUUACCUUCUACAACUUCAUUUCACGCUCACAGUUUCCCUAAAAGCACUGUGCGAAUGUUAAACUCUUCUUCUUCUAAACAUUUCACGAAUUUCUGAAGAAGUGUCUCAGCAGCUCCACUGCAGUUCUGAUGAAUCUUCUCAACAGGAACAGGAAGAUGUCAUCAUGAGCUCCACCUCGAACUGCAGAACCAUGCAAAAACAUUGUGAUCACAUAUAACACCAGUGUUGUGUUGUAGUGUUUGGUGUAUGUUCCAUUUAGGAUGCAGCCCAUGGAGAAGAUCAGCAGGAUUAUGGUUUUAUUCCCAAACUCUGUGUGUUUCAGUUUUAGGUUUAAUUAUGAACAAAUUUAACUCUUAAAAUAUAUGACUGAAACACAUUUAGUAUAAACACUAAGUUUUCCUACAAACACCCAAACCAGUGUAAACGUAAGUGUUGAUGAGCAUUAUUACAUCAGUGUUUAUUACAUCAGUGUCUGGUUAUAAAAAUGAUCAGGACUGUGUGUGUGACAUGAAAUCCUCACAAUGCUAAACUGGUGUCUAUUAGCUUCCAUUAUUUGUUAGCUACAUUAGCCUCAUAGCUUCAUUGUGAAACUAGAGGCAGAAUUCACACACUGAACAUGUCUCUGAUGUUACAUUUUGAACCAAAAAGACAAUAAAAUGGACCAAAUAUGGUACAAGACCAGAAUACUGAAAAUGAAUAAAAUUUCUCAGUUUAUAGUUCA